CUGAAUCUGGAUUUAGUACUUUGAAACUCUCGAACCUGUGGAUUUGAUUUGAUUCUCUGAAAAAAACGACGGCGAAGCUUUCCCGCGUGGGAGCUUUGAUGUCUAUAUGGUUAUUGAGUUUCUUGAUUUGAAAAUAGAGAAAGAGAUAUGAGUUACUCGAGUGAUGAUCUUAUGCACAGCUUCUACGACGAGUCACCAGCUGGUGGGAGGAGUAGUAGAGGGAAAGGAAGUGUCCUGAAGAAAGGACCAUGGACUUCGAAGGAAGACGGGAUUUUGAUUAAUUAUGUCAAUACCUACGGCGAGGGUAACUGGAGUGCUGUGCAGAAACACACUAGCUUGGCCCGUUGUGGGAAAAGCUGUCGUCUCAGGUGGGCUAAUCAUCUUAGGCCUAACUUGAAGAAAGGAGCGUUUAGCCCUGAAGAAGAACGGCUCAUUGUGAAAAUGCAUGCCAAGAUGGGAAAUAAAUGGGCACAUAUGGCUGAACAGCUGCCUGGUCGAACAGAUAAUGAGAUAAAGAAUUACUGGAACACUCGUAUCAAGAGGCGACACCGAGCAGGCUUACCACUUUACCCUCCUGAACUCCAUGUUGAAGACCUGCAGUGGAGUGAGGAGUAUAUCACGAGCAAUAUCACUAGGGUAGAUAGAAGAAGACAUCAGGAUUGCUUGCAGUUCGGGAAUUCCAAAGCUGAUGUCCUGUUUGACGAUCUAAAUUUUGCUACCAGCUUGUUACCUGUAGCUUCUGACGUAUCAGAUAUGUUCACAUGCAACAUGCUAGGAACUGGUGGAAGUAGUUCCCCGUACGAAAGCUACAUGCCACCAAUAUUACCUUCGCCGAAGCAACUCCGGGAAUCUGGAUCUCUGUUUCCCAUGUGCAGCAGUAACAUAAAGCAAGAAUUCCACUCUCCGGAACAUUUUCAGAACACUGCUCCACAAAAGAGUCCCAGAUCUUGCAGUAUCUCGCCGUACGGAAACCAACACCCAUCUGAUGUGUUGAUUUCAGAUAGCCAUACCUUUACGGAUGGCAUGAUUCCUACUUCUAUUCCCUUGUUUGGGGCAGUGAAGCUGGAGCUCCCUUCAUUCCAAUAUUCAGAAACUAGUGCGUUUGAUCAGUGGAAGACGACACCGUCACCUCCACACUCAGAUCCUCUUGACUCUGUUGAUGCUUAUAUUCAAUCUCCGCCACCAUUGGAGAUAGAGGAGUCAAGCGACACUGGCCUACUAGAUAUGUUACUUCCCAAUGCCAAGAUCAAAACUAGUGCGAAGCGUAGUAUGGAUCUCCCCGAGAUUCCAAUUCCCACGCAACUUAGUGCAGGUGAAAAUUCACCAGAUUCUGCAGGGAACUUGGUGAAGACAGAAGAGUUGGAUCAACAGGUUUGGGAACCAAAUAGAGUUGAUAUAACACGACCUGAUGUUUUACUUGCAUCGAGCUGGCUAGACCAACAAGGCUGUGUGGGGAUUGUUAGAGACUCAAGCAGCAUGAGUGAUGCGCUUGCGUUUCUUCUUGGUGGUGAAGACAUUGAAAACAGUUACGUUACUGUUGCGUCAUCAUCAGGUCAAACACAACAAGGAGUUGGGUCUUGCACAUGGACUAAUAUGCCUCCUGUUUGGUCCUUGUAA